CGCUUUUACGACAAUGAAGUCUACAUAGGUUUAAACUUUAGCUUGUAAAGUUUUAAAAGUGCGUGUUUUGUGUCGAGUGAAAAAAUAAAUAAGAAUGAAGUGGAUUUUUUACGUGAUUGUUUUUAUUUAUAUGUUCUAUAGAGCAGUUUACGGAUCAAAAUCAAUACAAAAGGAAACGAGGGGCUUAUCAAUCGAACCCAUAGAUUAUGGGCCCGAUAAGAACUAUUAUAAUGCUGGUAUACGUAAAUCAAUUGUCUGUAAGGGCACUAAUAAGAACCAAAAGGUAGAAUGGAUAAAUCCUUCAGGAAACGUUGUACAACGAGUAGUAACGAAUCGGGUGUUUACUCAGGAACAUUUUGUACCCGCGUUCCGAACUCGUAUACCAGCUAUGGUUCUUGUCAUCAGUAAUGCUAAUGUGGAAGAUACGGGAGUUUGGGAGUGUCGGUCGGGUGCUGUGAAACAUAAUAUUUCACUUUGCAUUAUAGAACCAUCCGAAUUCGUGGAUACACCAACAGAAGUAACAGUAGACCGCGGCCGAUCUAUAACGCUAUCUUGUCAAGCGAAAGGUGAACCUGAACCAAGACUACUUUGGCAUAGGAAUGGGGAAAUUAUCACAGAGGACGUCAAUCCUUCAAAAUACCAAGUCAUGACAAAGUACAAUAGCCAAGGGUUCGAAGGUCUCUUGACAAUCACAUCUCUGGAGCCAGAAGACAGUGGUUUUUACAAUUGCGAUGCGAUACAAGAGAGUCCAAAUUUAGAUGACUGUACUGCGAGCACAAGCUUGAAUAUAACACUACUUGUUAAUUAUGCUCCUGUGUUUGAAGAUGGCAAUGAUACAGCCCUGGUGCCGGGCAAGGAAAAUGAAAGCGUAGAUUUAGUUUGCGCUUCAAAUGCACAUCCAAAACCAAUCUACAGAUGGUUUAAGGAAGAUGGUGAUAUUUUAACUGAAUUUUCUAAAGAUGACAUAAAAUUAAUAGACGAUGGAGAGAAAGCUGUCAUUACUUUAGUAGCUAAUGAUUCAACUUUCGGUCAAAGAUACCGAUGUAGAUCUAGUAAUCGCUACGGAGAAGUUGAUAAAGUUUUCGCCGUAUUAAAAUUAGAGAAACCGAGGAAGCCAACCGAGAUAAGCCUUGAAAAUGCUACACACGAUGCUCUUCACUUCCAAGUCAAAUGGCAUGGUGAAACACUUUUCCCAGUCGACGAAGUACUUAUUCAAUACAUGGAAUUUAAAAACUUUUUAAAGAAGAGAGUAGGCACACCAAGAGAUGUUGAUUGGAAGAAAGCCGAAGAAGCGUUGUUGAAAAUAGACGGCUAUGAUAUAGUAGAUGGUGAAAGUUCAGGUCUUACACUAACGUUGCCCGAACUGAAUGAAAAAACUGAAUAUUGGGUCCGCUUCCGUGCCUCCAAUGAAGCUGGUGACUCCCCCUGGUCAGAACCCAUCCUUGCUUCAACAGUUGAACAGCCAGAAAUCGAAUUAGUUGAAGAAGAAAACGUUGAACCUGAACCGGUUACUGCCACGCAGAUAUCAGACGGAACUUUCUAUGGAAUAUUCUUUGCAGGUGGUAUCUUGGUUCUAGCUAUAGGAUGUAUGUUUGUUAUGCGUAUGGUUUGAGUGUUGUUUUCAUACCAUUGUAGUGCUAAAUAUAUUCAGUUUGUUUUAUUAGUCAUCGAUCUAAAAUGUGUUUAUUUAUUUGAUCAUUAAAUUAUACAAAA